CCGGAUCAGUCGCUUCAACAAACACCAACUCACAAAUACGGCCACCGCCGAAUUCAACCACAGCGUCAGCACACAGCCGGUCACACAUGCCAGUGGACCCACGAAAACCCUACGAGUGCCAACUCAGAUCCAUCGUCAUAUCUGCCUGGCCAGCAAGUAGCGUACUCAGUGAAAGAUGUACCCGAGUGUUCGAGAUACUUCGUCUCGAUGAAGGGUCAUGCCCCUCCCCUCCUCGCUCAGAGUCUGCUCCUACAGAUGAUGCCUCUCUGCCAUGCGUAUCAACUUGCAGAUCCCCACCAAGUGACUGAUGCCAACACGCAUGUGUGCGUGCCUGCACGAGUCUCCCGCCGAUGGUGAUGCACAGAGCUGACCACGCCGACAGAAUGGACACUCACUAUACACAACAUCGAGUGCGACAGCUGAUAAAAAGACGACCGAGGCAGGCAAGCAGGCAGGCCUUACAGUCAGUUAGUUCACUUAACAAAUACCACAUUACGCAACCGCACACACCCCCCUUGUUCCUCACGCAAAAAGCGAGAUGAAGCUUCAGAGAAUGCGCUGCAACCCCAUCCGACAAUGCACCCACCCAGCCACUCAAUGUCUCACGCAGCGACACAGGCACCGCACAAAUGAAGCAAUCGGGUACUAACUUAGACUGUACAACCACCCGCCUUUGCCUCACGUGUGUGUCAAUCAAUCGCCAUCAGCCAUCUAUGGCCUCCGUUCCCGCAAGGACGAUGGGUCGUUGAGGAGGUCCUCUCGUGUUGGCGUGCAGAAACCCGCGGUUGAGCCGGCUCCAGACGUGCAGGCGAAAGAGCAGCACUCGGUGUCUGACGAGACCAAUCGUGACUGCCCCGACUGUCCAUCGUGUGUGUUCAUCGCUCAUGCGUACCGUCAAAGCAUUCUGCCCCUGCCGGGCCGCAGCCCCCGAAUGCUGCUGCAGGCCCAACUCCGUCUCUGUCGCCGCCAAUGUAGCCGCCGCCCUGCAGCGACCGCAGGCUCGGGUGCUUGCCUAAACACAUAUAUACAGUACAGUGAGCACAACACGCUGCGGUGCGUGCAGCCGGUUGGCUCAUUUCUGCCCUCUCUCUCCAUCCUGUUCUGUCCUUCCGUAUACCCUUGGCGAGUUCCUGGUGCACCACGCCCACUUGGGAGUCUUCACAUCUGGCGCCGAGAAGGAUGAUGGCCAGGAGAAAGAGGCAGAUCCGCAUCACGACGGGCAUCCUCAUCACGCGGGAGCAGACAGUGAUGGCCGAAAUAUCGGGGAAAACCAACAGUUGACGAUUGCCAGGACAAUUGAAUCCGUAUACAGCUCUGGAAACCACGUCCCGUCUUCUUCCUGCUUUCCUUCUUUCUCG